AUGAUUGUGCGGCCUGCCCUACCGCUGGCCUGCGCCCUCGCCUCGACGCUGAUUGCCUCGCCAGCCUGCGCCUUUAGCGUACCUGCAGCAAUCGGCAACCACCCGCCCGCCUCGCUUCUCCCCUCGUCGUCACAUUCUCGUCCUCUAACCGGCAAAUUUCUCCACAUUACCGACUUCCACCCCGACCCCUUCUACAAGACUUACGGCAGCACCGCCAAGGAGGGCGCCUGCCACCGUGGCCAUGGCCCGGCAGGCUACUACGGCGCUGAGACGUCGGGCUGCGACUCCCCGCUGACGCUGGUGAACGCAACCUUUGACUGGAUCCGCGACAACAUCCGCGAUGACAUCGACUUCAUCGUCUGGACCGGCGACUCGGCUCGCCACGACAACGACGAGGAAUACCCGCGCAGCAAUGACCAGGUCAUCCAGCUGAACCAGCUCAUCGUCAACAAGUUCAGAGAGGUUUUUGCUCGCUCCGACGAUGACGAUGACGACCCUACCAACGACUUCAUCGUACCCAUCGUCCCGACUUUUGGAAACAAUGACAUCCUGCCGCAUAACAUUUUCCUCGAGGGCCCCAACCACUGGACUUCGACCUAUCUGGAUCUUUGGCGGAGCAUGAUUCCCGAGGAGCAAAGGCAUCAAUUCCAGCGAGGCGGUUGGUUCCAGGUCGAGGUCAUCCCGAACAAACUGGCAGUCUUCAGCCUGAACACCAUGUACUUCUUCGACUCCAACUCGGCUGUCGACGGCUGCGCCAUGGAGUCUGAACCGGGUUACGAGCAUAUGGAAUGGCUGCGCAUCCAGCUACAGAUCCUGCGUGAGCGCGGCAUGAAAGCCAUGCUGAUCGGACACGUGCCGCCCGCCCGCACCGAGAACAAGCAGAGCUGGGAUGAGACUUGCUGGCAAAAGUAUGCCCUGUGGCAGCGCCAGUACCGCGACGUUAUAGUCGCCUCGCUGUAUGGCCACAUGAACAUCGACCAUUUCCAGCUGCAGGAUUUCAACGAUAUCAGGCCGUCGACCGAGAAGGGGAAGAUGAAGGGUUCGUUGAAGCAGAAGAUCUCCCUAAAUCCCAGUAGCGAGGGCGAGGUUUCGACAAUGGGCGCACCUGACUACUUGAUGGACUUGCGGAAUGAGUGGGCGAACCUGCCCAGUCCCAAGAAGAGCGCCAAGACUGCGGCAGAAGAGGAUGACGAUGAGUCAAUGUUCGAAAAGGUCCAGGAUUUCUUUGGGUUGAAAAAGGGGAAGAAGGGAAACAAACAUUUCUUGGACGAGAUCGGCGGACCCUGGGGGGAGCGUUUCAGCUACUCCCUCAUCGGCCCUUCCAUUGUUCCGAACUACUUCCCAACCCUGAGAGUGUUCGACUACAACAUCACAGGCUUGGAAAGUCUCGGGCGUCUGGACCAUCCUCGACAUCUGCCCGGAGAACGUCUUCAAGAAAUCUUUGAGAGGGAUUUGGCAGAUGCGUACCAGGAUCAGGGCGAUGACGACGAAUUCUUCCCCACGAGGAAGUCCAAGCACGAAGAGUCUUCCAAGAAGAAAAAGAAGCACAAGAAGAAGAAGUACAAGUUCACCGUUCCCACGCCGCCUUCCAAGUCCUCACCUCCGGGUCCCGCCUAUUCGCCGCAAACCCUGUCCCUCCUCGGCUACACCCAGUACUUCGCCAACUUGACUCGUCUCAACAAUGAUUUCCUCAAGUCGGCCGCCUACCUCGCUACCACUACUUCUGCUGCCAGCGACAACACUACCGUCAAUCCAACCUCCCUUCUGUAUGCUGACUAUACGGAUGGCGACGAUGCGGAUAAUGGCGACGGUUUCGGUGCCCAGCGCUGGCGCAACGGCAAGCACCACGGCAAGAAGCCGAAGCAUCCGACUCCACACCCGCUCCCAUUCGAAUUCGAGGUCUUCUACCAAACUCACAACAAGAGUGAUUCGUUCAAGUUGAAGGACUUGACCAUGCGGAGUUACAUCGAUUUGGCGAGGAGGAUUGGAAACUUCAACAAGAAGAGUAAGAACACAAAGGGGUUGGGCGGCGUUGAAGACGUGGAGUUGGGGGAUGUUGUCGAUGUGAUGAACGAGCUGAUUGGGAGCAACGUAGACGAGCGGGAGCAUGGGCUGGUUGAGCACGAAGAGGAGGAAGAUGACGAGUACCACGAAGUUUACGAAGCCGACGAUGACGAGGAAGAAGACGAAGAUGAAGACGAAGGCGAGAACAUCGACGCCGAGAAGAAAAAGAAAAAGAAAAAGAAGAACAAGAACAAGAACAAGCACCGCAAGAAAGGCCCGAAGCACCAUGUCUGGUACACCUUCAUCGAGCGCGCCCUCGUGGGAACCAUGAGCCGCGACGAGAUCGACGAGCGCUUCGGUUGGAUUCCGAAACCGACUGAGGCUGGAGUCGCAUACGAAUCGCCAGUGUCAUCGCCUGUCAAGGACGAGGGCUUGGGCAACGGCGAGAUUUGA